AUGGAGACUUCUCUGAGAUAUUCAACCAAUUCCAGGUCUUUGAAAAUCCAUGCCAAGGAGAAUCUCUCGGUGAACUCCAAAACUCGUUUCCAGCUUCAUGGAGAGCUAGAUACAGGAGCUGGAGGGCCAAGUUACUUCUGUGCAAUGAUAAGAUACUUUUUCCAUGAGGCUUCGACAAGCCUUGGAAUUGGCUUGCAUUAUGAUAAACGCCAAAAGCUUCGGUGUCUUGUACGUGGGAAAAAGAAGUUUCCUGUGAGAACUGAUGAGCUUGUUACCUUUAAUAUCAAAGGAAGAUGUGAUUUUGACCAGGGCUUUGUUCAGAGGAACGCGAAAGGAGCUGCUGAAUUUGAUUGGAACAUAUGGAAGUUUCAGAAAGAGCAGGAUUUACGCCUCAGAGUUGGCUACGAUGUGUUUGACAAGGUCCCUUAUAUGCAGAUUAGAGAAAACAAUUGGACUCUCAACACAAACUUGAAAGGAAAAUGGAACGUGAGGUUUGAUCUGUAG